GCCUCCGGCCUCCGGCGCCAUGGAUAGCUAGCUAGCCACGGCAACAAGGAGGCGAGGAGCGAUGGGCUCCAUGGCCGCGCCGCCGUGCCACCUCGUGGCCGUGCCGUACCCGGGCCGCGGCCACGUCAACGCCAUGCUGAACCUGUGCCGCCUCCUCGCGGCCCGCGACGGCGUCGCCAUCACCGUCGUCGUCACCGAGGAGUGGCUCGGCCUGCUCGGCGCCCCGGCGGCGCUGCCGGACCUGGGGCCCCGCGUCCGCUUCGAGGCCAUCCCCAACGUGAUCCCCUCGGAGUACGGCCGCGCCAGCGACAUGCUCGGCUUCCUGGAGGCCGUGUACGCCAGGAUGGCGGCGCCGUUCGAGCGCCUGCUCGACCGGCUCGCCGCCCCGCAGGCCAUCGUGGCCGACGUGUUCGUGCCGUGGACCGUGGCCGUCGGCGCGCGGAGGGGCGUGCCGGUCUGCGUUAUGUGCCCGCUAAGCGCCACCAUGUUCGCCGUGCAGUACAGCUUGCACCGGUUGCCACCCGCGGCGGACGGCGGCGGAGCGUUUCCGGACGGCACGGAUCCUUGCUUGAUAGAAGACUACAUCCCUGGCACAAAAUCAAUCAGGUUCACUGAUCUUGCGCCCACACACACGAACGCGGCGAUGCUAGACAAAAUCCUCGAAGCCUACUCCUCUGUAAGGAAAGCACAAUGCAUCAUUUUAACCUCGUUCCAAGAGCUCGAGAGCGACGCCAUUGGCGCCCUAAGGCAAGAGCUUCCUUGCCCGGUGUAUGCGGCUGGCCCUUUCAUCCCCUUCAUGGCACUGCAAGAGCGCAAGGCCAAUCCGGACGGUGACGGCUACAUGGCGUGGCUGGACGCGCAGCCCGCGGGCUCAGUGCUGUACGUCUCGCUCGGCAGCUUCCUCUCGGUGUCAGCCGCCCAGUCCGACGAGAUCGCCGGUGGCCUGGCCGAGAGCAAGGUCAGGUUCCUGUGGGUGCUCCGCGACGCCGACGCGCGCUCCCGCGUGCGAGGCUUGACCGGCGGGGGCGACUCCGCCGGCCUCGUCGUCCCCUGGACCGACCAGCUGAGGGUGCUGUGCCAUCCUUCGGUCGGGGGGUUCUUCACCCACUGCGGUAUGAACUCGACGCUCGAGGCGGUGUACGCCGGCGUGCCCAUGCUCACCCUGCCUAUCGCGUUCGACCAGCCGACCAACAGCCGGCUGGUCGCCGAGGUGUGGAAGACGGGGCUCGGCCUCAAGGAGAUGGCACGGGGCGACGGCGUCAUCGGGAGAGAGGAGAUCGCGGCGGCGGUGGAGAGGCUGAUGCGCCCUGACUCGGCGGAUGGCACGGACAUGAGGAGGAGAGCUGCGGUGCUUAAGCACGCGGCUCGUGCUGCGUCUGAAGAGGGUGGAUCCUCUUGGAAAGAUGUCACAUCUUUCAUCCAUUUCAUUUCACAUUGAGACCUCCAGAUACCAGUCACGCUUCUGCAGUAGAAAGACUCAAUUUAUUGGUUCAAUUCAAGUGAUGUGAUCGAUUUUUAAGUGAGUCAGUGAGAUCUCUGAGUGCGCAGGAUGUUCAGUUAGGCAAGAAUAAACACGCUGCUUCAUCCAGUUGAUAGCAGCUAUUUGUAAAAGCAUCAGGGUUCAGCAGAUCUGAAACUCGACGUAGCGUUUUUAAAAUUCACGCUGCCCUUGUUCAAUUAAGGUAUUAGAGCUGAGCACAAGAUCUCUGAAUGUUAGCAGAAUAA